AUGACAUUGCUUGUGAAUAUAUAUUUUUUUAGUAAAAUGUAUUAUUAUGAUAAGGAGAAAUUGAGUUGGAGCCAAAGAGCAGCAGAAGAAGCAGAAAAAGUUGCUUCAAUUUCAUGUUCUGGCCUUGGAAGAGCCUAUAUUGAUGGUUAUAUUAAUGGUGAUGGAAAGCCUAUUUGUGAAUGCUAUUCUUGUUAUGCUGGCAUUGAUUGCUCUUUAUUUUCCCCCAAUUGUUCUGCUGAUGCUGAAGAUGGUGAUCCUCUAUUCUUGGAACCAUUCUGGAUGCAAAAUGCAGCUAGCAGUGCAGUAGUAGUAGCAGGUUGGCAUAGAAUGAGCUAUUUAUUUCCUAAUCAGUCCUACAUAUCCAAAGAGCUUGACAAAAACAUAAGAAAAAUACAUGCAAUUGCCAACAAUGCUAUUACACAUGGAAAAUACAUUGUCUUUGGAUCAGGCUCUACUCAGCUCCUACAUGCUGCAGUUCAUGCUCUUCCCUGGAUAAAUUCAACAAAAGUGGUUGCAAAGAAAAUUCCUUAUUACGCGCUUUAUAAGCAUCAAACGGAAUACUUUCAAACACGUCAUUACGAAUUUGAAGGAGACUCAUCCAUGUUGAAGAACAAAUCAGAUUUUGCUGGAAAUGUGAUUGAGUUUGUGACUUCACCAAACAAUCCAGAUGGAAAUUUGGAAAGUCCAGUUCUAAAAGGCCCAAAUGUGAAGCCCAUUUAUGAUCAUGCUUAUUACUGGCCUCAUUACACAGCAAUUCCAGCACCUGCUGAUGAAGAUCUCAUGAUUUUCUCCAUGUCUAAGCUCACUGGUCAUGCUAGAACCAGAUUUGGGUGGGCUAUUGUGAAAGAUGUGAAAGUGCAUAAAAGAAUGAUGGAAUUUAUUGAUUUGGCUGAAAUGGGGAUCUCAAAGGAUGUCCAGUUGAGAGCUUUAACACUUUUGAAAGUUGUUGUUCAAGGAGAAGGCAAGCAAAUCUUCAAUUUUGCACAGCAAAUCUUGAGGGAUCGCUGGGAAAAAUUGAGUCACAUCUUCUCCCUUACUAAACAUUUUAGCCUCCAAACAAUUCCAGCUCAGUAUUGCACAUUUCUUGAAAGAACCAGAGAGCCAUCUCCAGCUUAUGCAUGGGUAAAGUGUAAGAGGAAAGAAGAUAAAAACUGCGCAGAAGUCUUUAGAGUUGCAAAAAUUAUAGGUCGUCCAGGUAGAAAAUUCUUAGCAGAAGAUCAUUAUGUUAGAUUCAGCUUGCUGAAGGGCCAACAUGAUUUUGACAUGUUGAUCUAUCGACUGAAAGAAUUGAUCUCCCAAGAAUAUGAAGCAAUGUUAAAGUUUUUAAUUAUUAGAUGA